AUGAAAUCAGGUGAAGAAUGGAAGACAGCGUUUCGAACACGCCGAGGACAUUACGAGUACCUUGUGAUGCCCUUCGGACUUACCAACGCACCCGCGACAUUCCAGACGAUGAUCAACCACGUCUUACGAGAAUACCUCGAUAUGUUCGUCGUAGUUUAUCUCGACGACAUCCUAAUCUUCUCCAAGACUCUGGAAGACCACAAAAAGCACGUACAUCAAGUGCUACGGAAACUACAAGACGCCAAACUCCUAGUAGAACCCGAGAAGAGCAAGUUUCACGCCAAAGAAGUCGAAUUCCUAGGUUUUACGAUAGCCCCAGGAAUCCUCAAAAUGUCCAAAGACAAAAUCGCAGCAGUACGAGACUGGCCUACACCACAGAACGUUAAGGACGUACAAUCCUUCAUUGGAUUUGUGAACUACUACCGACGAUUUCUGGAAGGAUACUCAGACAGAAACGACCCCCUCACGAGACUUUCGAGGAAAGACAUCCCCUGGCAAUGGGAAGAAGAACAGAAAAAAGCCUUCGACGAGAUCAAACAACAAGUCACAUCGGAACCAAUACUCGUCAUACCAAACCCCGAGAAACCAUUCGAAGUCGAGACCGACUCCUCAGACUAUGCCAUAGGAGGACAACUAGGUCAACGAGACGAAGAAGGACAGCUACGACCUUAUGCCUUCUUCUCACGCAAACUACACGGCCCAGAACUCAAUUACCAGAUACACGACAAGGAACUCAUGGCAAUUAUCGAAGCAUUCAAAGAAUGGAGACCGCAACUCUCAGGAACCAAGUACGAGGUCAAAGUAUACACCGACCACAAGAACCUCGCACACUUCACCAUAUCGAAAGAUCUCAACAAACGACAAAUUCGAUGGUCCGAAUUCUUAUCAGAAUUCAAUUUCAGAAUCAUCUACCGGAAAGGCAAAGAGAACGGCAGGGCCGACGCCCUCAGCCGAAGACCGGACCAUGAGGUCCAGGUACCUGAGGAAACCCGAGUUAUCCUCAAAGCAGACAAAAACGGAGACCUUGUGCCAGCAGCCAGACUCUUAAUGAUGGCCAGAAGAGACAGUACCAGCACGCCUGGAAGGAUGUCUCCUGAAGCCAUUAGGGAGAUACACUCCGCACCCGCACACGGUCACCAAGGCGUAACUAAGACAUGGAAACGCAUCCGCCAACACUACGACAAAACAGCUACACGACAAGAAGUAUCUUUAGCGAUUAAGGACUGUGAGGUUUGCGCAAAAAGCAAACCCAGCCGACAUCAGCCUUAUGGAAAGAUACAGCCGCUCCCAGUGCCGCAAACCGCAUGGGAAUCCAUCUCGCUAGACUUCGUCACUAAGUUACCUAAGUCCCGAGAACCGAUGACCAACGUCCACUACGACAGUGUCCUCGUCAUCGUCGACAGACUCAUGAAGUAUUCGUACUUCAUCCCGUACAUAGAGUCUAGCACUGCAGAAGACCUCGCCUACAAGUUUCUGCAGGUGAUCAUCAUGGAAACCUACCUACGCUGCUACGUCAACUAUCAGCAAGACAACUGGGUUCAACUGCUACCUAUAGCCCAGUUCGCCUACAACAGCGCAGUAGGAGAAAGUACAAAAGAAUCACCAUUCUAUCUAAACUAUGGAUUCAACCCAACAGCCUACGGACAACCUCGACAAGGCCCAGCAGCUCUGAAAGCUGUGGCAGACAUCAACAGACUUAAGGAGAUCCAGCAGGAACUCCCCAGAGACCUCGAAUUUAUACGCGAACGCAUGCGCAAAUACGCCAACAAAUCAAGAGUUGAGGGACCAACUCUAAAGGAGGGGGAUAGUGUAUACCUUCUCCGCCGCAACAUCAAAACAAAACGACCAAGCGAUAAGUUAGACUUUAAGAAACUUGGACCCUUUGAAAUUACGAAGAAGGUAUCUAACGUCAACUUUAAACUCGCACUACCCGACAGCAUGAAGUAUCAUCCAGUCUUUCACAUUUCACUACUCGAACCAGCCCUACAAGGAUCACGAACAAGCGACGUCAUUAUUGUGGAAAACAACGAGCCAGAGUACGAAGUCGAACGUAUCAUCGACUACCUUAAAGAACCCGAAGGAUAUCAAUACCUCGUCAAAUGGAAAGGAUACGGACAUGAAGAUAAUACUUGGGAACCUGCGAAGAACCUCACCAACGCAACUGACGAACUCUCCGUCUAUUAG